GACGGACAGAGGGACGGCCGGAGCCCGGACAGUCCUGAGAGUCCGAGCCGGAGCCUGGGAGCGGCCGAGGGAGGAGGAGGAGGAGGAGGAGGAAGAGGAGGAAGAGAGCAGCUGACCUGGGCUCUGUCCAGCUCCGUCCCCCUCCGGCCAUGUCCUUCGUGGAGCUGCUGUCCCGCCUGGGUGGCAUGGGCCGCUUCCAGGUGACCUACGUGGCCGCGCUGGCCGUCCCGCUGCUCAUGCUGGCCAGCCACAACCUCCUGCAGAACUUCACCGCCGGCAUCCCCGAGCACCACUGCCGGCCCCGGCCCGUGGCCAAUGCCACCGUGGCCGACGUCCCCCUGCUCGUGUCCAUCCCCUGGGACGGCCACCGCCGGCCCCAGAGCUGCCGCCGCUACGUGGACCCCCAGUGGCACCUCUUGGACGUCAACGGCUCGGCCAACGGCACGGCCACCGAGGCGGCCACCGAGCCGUGCCACGAUGGCUGGACGUACCUGGAUGGCAUCUUCACCGACACCAUCGUCACCGAGUGGGACCUGGUGUGUGACUCCAAGAAGCUGAGGCAGGUGGCCCAGUCCAUCUACAUGGCCGGGAUCCUGCUGGGCUCCAGCCUCUUCGGGAUCCUCUCCGACAAGUUCGGGCGCCGGGCGCUGCUCACCUGGUGUUACCUGCAGCUGGGGGCGACGGGGGUGGGCACGGCCGCCGCCCCCUCCCUCCUGGUCUACUGCGUGUGCCGCUUCCUGACCGGGCUGGCCAUGGCCGGCGUGUCCCUCAACUCCGCCUCCCUCUGCAUGGAGUGGAUCCCGACGGAGGCGCGGGCCGUGGUGGGGACCAUCAAUGGCUACUGCUACACCCUGGGCCAGUUUGUGCUGGCGGCCGCGGCCUUCGGGCUCCCGCGCUGGCGGCAGCUCCAGCUCGCCGUGUCCCUGCCCUUCUUCGUCUUCUUCUUCUACUCCUGGCUGUACGUGGAGUCCGCGCGCUGGCAGGUGACCUCGGGCAGACCCGACCUGGCCCUGCGGGGGCUCCGCAAGGUCGCGCGGGUCAACGGCAGGAAGGAGGAGGGGGACAAGCUCAGCGAGGAGGCGCUGCGGGCUCUGGUGCGCCGGGAGCCGCCGCUGCCCGGUGGGGCCGUGGCCGCGCUCGUCCGGACCCCCGGCAUGAGGACGGUGUCGUGCGGGGUCUCCUUCGUCUGGUUCUCCACCAGCUUCGCCUACUACGGGCUGGCCAUGGACCUGCAGGGCUUCGGCUUCAACGUGUACCUGAGCCAGCUGGUGUUCGGUGCCGUGGACAUCCCGGCCAAGCUGCUCUCUGUGCUGGUCAUCUCCUGCCUCGGCCGGCGCCUGGCCCAGGGCGGCGCCCUGGCGCUCGCCGGCCUCUGCAUCCUGGCCAACAUCUUCGUGCCCAGCGAGCUGCAGACGCUGCGCAUGGCCUUCGCCGUGGUCGGGAAGGGCGCCUUGGCUGCCUCCUUCAACUGCGCCUACAUCUUCUCCGGGGAGCUCUUCCCCACCGUCAUCAGGCAGACGGGGAUGGGCCUGGGGGGCACCAUGGCCCGCGUGGGGAGCAUGGUGGCCCCCCUGGUGCGCAUGAUGGCCGACGUGACGCCGGUGCUGCCCCUCGUCAUCUACGGCGCCGCGCCCAUCGUCUCGGCCAUCGCCACCUGCUUCCUGCCCGAGACCCGCAACGCGCCCCUGCCCGAGACCGUCAAGGACGUGGAGAGGCGGGCGGGUCACCUCGAGGACGACGACGUCGCCGUCCCCCUGAGCAGCACCAAGAGCAAGGACGGCGCCUGAGGGGGGAUUUGGGACCCCCGGGGGGAUUUUGGGGCCGGGACCCCCCUGGAGCUGCCCCAGCCCCUCCCCCCCGGUUAUUUAUUCAAUCCCAAUAAAAUCUGGUGGGAAUUUCGGGAUCCGGCUCCGCCCGCGGCCGUUCGGGGGGGGCUGAAGGAUUUGGGGGGUCCCCAUCCCCCAAAGGGGCUCAGACAUCAGGGGAUCCCCCCGGAGCUCGUUAACGAGGAUUAAUUGGAAUUCCCGGAGCUCGGCGGCCUUUGCCCCAAUUCCGGCGAUUUGGCUGCAGAAUAAAUCUGGGAACGGGAUUAAUUCUCAUUUCCAGGCGGGACAAAAAAACCCCAAACGGGGCAGAAUUAACCCCAAAAAAAGGGUGGAACAGCCUCAGAACGGACCCCUGGAAAAGCCACAUCCCAAUCCCAAAACUGGGAUUUUUCACCCCAAAAACCACCUCAGUCUCAGCCCUCAGAGAACCCACAGCCCAGCCCCCAAAUUGGGCUUUUUUCCCCCAAAUCCAGGCACCCACCAGCCCCAAAAUCCUCCAUUUUUGCCCCAAAUCCACAUUGUGCUCUCAAAUCCCCAUUUUUGCUCCAAACCCCCUCAUUUUUGCCCCAAAAUCCCCCAUUUUUGCCCCAAAUCCACAUUGUGCUCUCAAAUCCCCAUUUUUGCUCCAAACCCCCUCAUUUUUUGCCCCAAAAUCCCCAACUUUUACCCCCAAAUCCCACCUUUCCCCCCCCAAAGUUCAUUUUUGCCCCAAUUCCUCCCAUUUUUCCCCAAAAAACCCCACUCAGUCCAUUUUUUGCCGUUUUUAUUACGAAAAAUGAGCCGUUUUGAGCCGU